GGGAAUCAUCGCUUUCUUUCUUCAAUGUUUUCCUUUUUAGAACUCAGAAACAUAAAUUUACAAAAAUAAUUAGCUAACCAAAGAAGCCAUCAGAAACCCAAAUCUUCCUCUUCAAUGGCGACUCAGAAAGUUUCUGAAUACGAAUUGAAGCGACUCGAAAACAUUCGUCGCAACAACGAAAUGAUUUCCGCACUCAAUUUAAAAGCCAAAGCCUCAGAACUCUUCAAGCGUCCAAGUGCUGUGACCGAAUUGAAAUCGAAGAGACCGAAAACUGAAACCCCUGAUGCUACCAGAUUCUCCCUCCGAAUCAGAGGCGUUACAGCAGAAUCAGAUUCUCUUCCAAUGAAGGAUGCUUACAAAGGCGCACACUCGGAUUGUUCUUUCAUUGAAACCCUAAAACAACAAUCCGAUGGUACUGUGAAAAUUAAGAACGAAACUGGGUGUUCUUUUGAGUUGGAAUCUAUGUCUUUGGAUCCUGAAAAUAUAUCAAAUGUUGUUCCUAGAAGGAUAACUCAAAUGCGGUUUUUCCCUUCCAAUGAUAUAAAGAUGAUUGUAGCGGGUGACACACAUGGGAAUAUUGGGUUCUGGAAAGUUGGACAAAGUGAGGUUUUUUUGUAUCAUCCGCAUGAAACUCUCAUUUCGGGGAUUCUGGUUCAAUCACAUUGCUUGUCAAAGAUAUACACGAGUUGUAAUGAUGGAUUUGUUAGGAUGAUGGAUGCUGAGAAGGAAAGUUUUGAUAGGGUAUAUCAAAGUCGUGGUCAAGCAUGUAUACAUGCUCUCGCGCAACCAAAGAAUGAGGCUAACUGUUUCUAUUUAGCUGAAGGUUCUGGUGGUUUGACUGUUUGGGAUAGUAGGAUGGGAAAAUGUGCCUCUUCGUCCCGCUUACCUUUGCAUCGAUUGAAGAUUAAUACAAUAGAUUUCAACCCUGAAAACCCUCACAUUGCAGUUACUAGUUCAUCGGAUGGAAUUGCAUGUACCUGGGAUUUUAGAUGUAUUGGUGGUCUGCAUGAGGAUAGUGACCUCCGAGCUUUAAGAAGAUUUACUCAUGAAAGAAGAGGCUUGCAAUCUGCCUAUUUCUCUCCUUCGGGAUGUAGCCUUGCGAUCACAACUUCGAACAACACAGUUGUCAUAUACAGUGGAGUAAACUUGGAGGACGCAGCUUUUGUUGAUCAUGAAAGUAGCGGGAAGCUUUAUACUUUCAGGUCAAUAUGGGGUUGGGACGACUCAUACCUCUUCACUGGGAGUACAGAAGGAGGAGUUGCUGUUGUCUCAACAGCUCAAAAGGCAACUGUGAUGACUCUAGAGAGCCCACUCAUAUCUGGAAUUCCAUAUAAAUUUGAUGCACACUCUUACGAAGUUGGGAUGCUAGCAGCGGGUACGAGCGGAGGCCAGGUCUGUGUUUGGACAUCGCGCUAGGACUUUUUAUUGCUCGUUUGGAAUUGCGGUACUGCAACAUAAAUUAUCAAGUCCCCAUGCUUUUUGUACACACCUAGUAUGAAGUUGUAAACUCAAACUUUUGGUUGGCAAUGCGUUUCUUGAAAAUCCCAUUGACAUGAUGCAUUUCAUACUGUAUCAAAGGCAAAAACUUGUUUUGUAGUGUACUGUCUUGCUAUUUGAAUUGGAAAGAGAAAUUGCAGUUAUCCUUUUAA